AUGUACGUUUCAUUAUUUGCUAUUUUUUCAAUGUUGGCUCCCUCCCACACAAUCUCUGCGAACACACCCGCUGUUUUGUUCUUCCGUUCACUGCGGUCGUUUUUGUUUUAUUCAUUGCAAAAAAAUUUGCCCUUGAAAAUGAAGAAAGCCCUGUUGAAAGUGCCCGACAAGUCCGCACUCCCCCCAGCAAUUUACAAGAAGCGGUUGCUCCGCACCAAUCCAAAGAAUCUUCACCACAAAUCGCAGAAAGAGUUCCGUGAGGAGGUGAUACAGGCGCGUAAGGUUGCUUUGGUGGAUGCUCUGAAGAUGCCGCCUGCGCUCAACCAGUUCAAGAACUGCCUGAGCGAUGAUGAUUUCAAGGAGGUGCAGAAUCUUUUCAUGUGCUACAAACCGGAGAACAGGAAGGAGAGGAGAGAAAGACUGAAGAGAGAGGAGGAGCAUGGCCGGGUGGGAGACAAGCCGGUCAUAGUUAAGAGCGGUAUACGCCACGUAACAGACCUGAUAGAGCAGGGAAGGGCCAAGCUGGUGCUUAUAGCGUGCGAUGUUGAUCCUGUCGAGCUUGUGCUGUUCCUGCCCACGUUGUGCAGGAAGAUGGGCGUGAGCUACGCGUUUGUCAAGUCGAAGUACGACUUGGGGCGCAUCGUUGACAGGAAGAGCGCCACGACCCUCUGUCUCUGCGGUGUUGGAUCGGACAAGAGGACGAAGUUUGACAGCAUCAUAAAGCGGUGCAACUCACUGUUUGUUGAGAAGUAUGAGACUAUGAUGAGCACAUGGGGAAUACCGGUGGGCAAGGAGGCUGAGAUUGCGGAGUAA